UUGGCGUGCUUUGGGGUUGGCAUAUGUUAACCCACAUAUGCGAAAGCACUUCUCUACGUACCUGGUGAAUUUUACAAGGAAUAUAAAAGCAUAAAACGUUACUCCUUACUGAAUGCAGAGGGGAGUUUUAACCUCACUAUUUCUAACAUGGAGCCGUCAGAUUCUGCAGUGUAUUAUUGUACUGCUGUGUUUCUUCAUGAGGUCACCUUUGGGAAUGGAACCUUUGUCAUAAUCACAGGUAAAUGAGAUUCCAGCUAUUUUCAUAUUUGCUUUAUUAUAGUGUCAGUAAGAUUAUUCCCUGUAAAAUAAUUUUGACAGUUGAUGUCACGAUCCGGGAAUACUGGAGACGGCGAUCGUGCAGGAAACAAGCAAGGGAAGCCAGGUAAAGACUCCAACAGCAGGACAGUGGUACAGCAGCCUGUGUCUGACACAUUGCAGCCAGGAGACUCUGUGAGCCUGCAGUGUACGAUAGAGACUGGGAGCUGUGCAGGAGAACACAGUGUUUACUGGUUCAGACAUGGAUCAGGAGAAUCCCUUCCAGGAGUCAUUUACAGCCACGGAAACAGCAGUGAUGAGUGUGAGAAGAGCCCUGAGGCUGGAUCUCCUACAUGGAGCUGCAUCUACAGCCUCCCCAAGGGGAACCUCAGCCUCUCCGAUGCUGGGACUUACUACUGCGCCGUGGCCAUGUGUGGGGAGAUGCUGUUUGGGAGCGGCACACAGCUGGAUAUAGAUGGCUUUCAGAAGCUGCUGGAUCCUCUUCACUCUGGCUUGCUGAUAGUUUUAUCUUGCAGCAUUAUUCUGAACGUUGCUCUCAUUUGUAUAAGAUGUAAACUGACCUGUACACACUGUGCAGGUUGUCAUGCCCGGCUCGUCCGCUACUCCUGUGUGCCACGCCCCCUGCUUACCCACGUGUGUUUCCCGGAUCGUACCCAGCUGUGUCCGUUUGCUUUCAAUCAGUCUUGUGUAUUUAAGUCCUGGGGUCUCAUUUAUCAAGCGUGCGUAAAACAAGCUCUAAACUAGUGCGUAUACCAACAGCCGUAAGCACAAGAAAGUUGGGAGUUAUCAAACGUGAGUACGCACAGCUGUACGAAAUGACUGAUGAUGAAUCGCACUCCUUCUAAAUUGUUUGCGUGUGCAUAGUAAUUUAAAUUUGCAUACAGACACGCCCUCAAAUAACCUUAUUUGGCAAACAACCUUCCUUAUAAAAACCCAAUGCCGCCAGGGCACUAUAGAACCGUUAUGGAUCCCGUGAAGAGAGGAAAGAAAAAAAACUUCACAGACAACGAAGUGGAAGUGCUGUUAAAUGAGGUACAACGUAAUAAGACGGUUUUGUUUGCUGCUUUUUCAGGCGGAAUGUCAAAGAAAAAAAAAGACUUGGGGUGGGGACAGGUUACUAAUGCGAUAAAUGCCGUCUCACCUGUAUGUAGAGCUACUGCAGAAGUGAAGAAAAAGUGGUUUGAUUUGAAAGUGUCCUCUAAAAAAAGAAUUGCAGCCCACAAAAGAGACCUCGGUGCCACGGGAGGAGGCCAGAGUCUUAUUUCAGUGUCACCAUUGGAUGACAAGAUAGCGUCAAUUAUUGGUGAAACGUCAGUGAGCGGAGUAAUCCCCGAUGGUGACACUGAAAGUGCAAUUCCAUCAACUGCAGGAGACGCCGAGCCAUCCGAAAAUGGUUAGAAGGUUUUCAAAUGUUUUGUGUUUUGAUAUAUUAUUCAUAGAUAAAUAACACUCACAAUGCAAAUGAUUUGGAUUGUUCAUGUAACAUUUAUUUUAUAGAUCUGCCAGUUUUGCCAGGUCCUGCUCCGCCUGCCACUUCAGCACGUCCGAUGCGUCUCGAGGCACGAGUCCUGACUGAUGCGGUUCUGAAAACACAGGAGGAAUUAGUGAGAGGCAUUGCAAGCAUAAAAGAAGAACUGCACCAAAUCAAUGUGAACUUGAGGAACAUUUGUGAUGCACUAAAUGCAUCAUGCAAGUUCAAUAAAAGCUCCAAUUGAUCUCA